UCGCAUCGCUGCGCCGCAGUUAUCCGAGCCCUCUCUGUCUGCUGUCUUAUCGCCAUGCGUCACCAGACAGCUCUUGGGUGCACCUGUGUUACAUUCAUCUCGUUCCAGGCUGCAAGUCCAUUGGAGGGCAAUGUGCAUAGCGUAUUGGGGGCCAAGAGCGCUCACAGUUCUCUCCUACCACGCUUCCGUUGCUUCUCUGAGCAACAGCUGCUUGAACAAUGACCGCACAACCAGAUGCUUCACCCUUGCACGUCUAUAGUCCACUUCAAGGCCCCGCACACAUCAGGAUCCUCGUUCUUGAACCGUCUUUGGACCCGACCUUACCUCUUCAUUUCUCAUUCAAUCAGGCUAGCAUUCGAGAAUGUGAAGGCGAAUAUGAAGCGCUCUCCUAUACUUGGGGCGCGCCUAAGCUCACCGAACCUCUGUAUGCCUCAGACGGUUCACAUAUCUUGGUCACAAAAAAUCUCGACAUUGCGCUGCGACGACUGCGCCAUAAGAUCGAUACGAGGCUUAUGUGGGCCGAUGCUGUUUGCAUAAAUCAAAAAGAUGACAAAGAGAAGGCUGUUCAGAUACCUCUCAUGGUCGACAUUUUCCGAAGUGCAGCGAGUGUGCUCGCGUGGCUCGGUAACGAUGGAGAUACACAACGAGGCCUCGCCGUGAUGAAGCAUAUAUCGCGAAGGCAUUACGUGGCUGAAGAUAAUCAGAUUGAAUUAGACCGUCGGCAAAUCGAGUGCACGAUGCAUCUGUUGGAAUCACCCUACUUCAACAGGAUGUGGAUUAUACAAGAAGUCGUUUUUAAUAUCGAUGUGACACUCAUCUGCGGAUCUAUUGGCAUGUCAUGGGCCAGGUUUCAUGUUGCUCUGAACAUUCUCACCCACAUCAUCGAUUCUAGAUCUUUUUCAACCUACGCUCGCAGAAAAGUGAGCGAAAUCCAGCAUAUGUGUACAGUAUGGAAAAAACACUGUAUGAUCGAGGCAACAGAAGAGAACCUAGGUAAAGACACUGCAUCCGAAAGAUCGGGCUUGAACAUGUUAAGCUUGUUGGAACAGUUCGGUAAUUACGGCGUGACUGAUAACCGGGAUCGCAUAUUUGCUCUGUACAGUAUGGCUACCGAUAUUCGACCCCAAAGGGGCUCGAAAUCGACAAUCGUGUUGUCCAUCGAUUAUUCAAGAAACGAUCUCGAGACCUACACGGCAUUUGCAAAGGCUUGUCUUGAGGCUGGGCAAAGUAGCCAGCUUCUGGGUACUGUGCUGCAACGUAUUGCAUCAACAACGCCUACGAAUCUUCCUUCGUGGGUCCCAAAUCUUGGUGUUCCACCAGAUCACUCUAUUGCAUCCCUUUGGCCAGGCAACACGCACUACCUGCAAAAUGACGGCGAGCACGUUAAGUUGCAGAUGCAUGUGUUUACCCUAGGCCAGGAGACCGACGAUCAUGAGCAAGGACGAGUUGCUUGCGCCGCUGUGGAAGAGAUAGGCCCGUGUUUGGAAGAUAAUUCGGUCGAAGGCUUAAGAGAGUUCUUCGAUUCAGUCAUUAACUCCCUGCCUGACUUUUAUCGCAAAACCUCGGCCAUAUACCCUGAAGCUACGUUAUUAGAGUACUGGCUGCAAGCACUUAAAAUAAUUUCCUCGGAUGAAUUCAGCGACUUGUUUAGGAGAGUACUGUUCGAUAACGAUGUAGACCUUCCAGCAUACGUUGCCCAGAAACAACAACACCAGCAACAUCUCAGCAUAGAUUACCCCAACGAAAGUCGUCUACGAAUCUUCCGGCUCAUGACAGGCAAACGCAUCUUCCGCGCCGCAGGAACAUCAGAGUCGCUCUUUGGCUACACGAACAGCCCUAUCCUACGCGGAGACAUAUUGCUCCCAGUCGGGGUAUCUGACUCUUUGAUCGUACGGCAUACAUCUUCACCAAAUUCGGUAGAUGUAAACACAUCCCCAUCUCUCUGGACACCCGGAAUUGAACCAUCCCCUGAAACGAAACACAAUUCAUCGAUAGACCCACAGGGGAACGAUCAGAAGAUAUUCUUUAGAAUAGUCGGCCAAGCAAAGUUUUGCAUCACUCACAGGUUUCCUACGUCACCCCUAGCUCCAGGCGAAUCUUGGGAUGUAUAUCAUAAGCUGAGGGCGCUAGAUGCAGAAGUUUGGCUUGCGUGA